AUGUUCGACCACCAGUGGCCCGAGUCGACCCAGAAACGGGCCAGGGAGGACGACGAUGCCGCAACUGGCACCUUGGGCUUCACCGAGCACCGAAACAAACGCCUGCGUUCUCUGCCACUGCGGUCCUCGCCCGCCCAGAAGCGAUGGUCCGGCCCCCCGAGCUUUCCUGCCACCCAGAUGGCGCUGACUACCGUCACGCCAGCCGAUUCUGACUCGGAAGAGGCUCAGCAUGGCAGUCAGCUGUCAAACCCGCCCAUGGAUGUCGAUCAGGAUACCGACAUGAUGGCCGAUGUCACCCUUCCAUCCCAGCAUCUACAACCCGGCCCGGCCCAGCCCGACCGUAUCGCCUCGACCAUCACCGGACGAAUGCCAACCCCGAUCCACUGCACCUUUGCUGCCCAGGUACGCGGAAACAGCUGGGCAGGAGUGAACCAGACUGCCACUGCUACUAUACCGGAGGGCACCACUACUGGCUUCGCCCACCCACAGCACGUCUCAACGAGACGAGACCCCUCGGUCCCCCGAUCGCUUGAUGCCGCAGUAGAGUGGUCAAUGGUCCAAAACCGACGCCUGCCAUCCCCCAUUAGUGAAAAUGGCGGCGAGGAGACACCGACCAGCCCGGGCAUGCUACUGGACUCGUGUGCGCCAGUGGCCUCAGUGGCCUCACAGCUUCAGAGGCCGUAUCUACCACACAUGCCGCACUCCACCAAUAUGCAUGCCAUGGGUCCCAUUCAUCCCAAUAUCCAGUCAUCCAUCCAGUCAUCCAUCCAGUCAUCCAUCCAGACAUCCAUCCAGACAUCCCCGCAGGCUGCCGACACCGACUCGUCCAUGAUGGACACGGAUGCCACCUCCCCGUCUUCGGCACCGGCUACGCCCUCACCCCGAAGCAAGUUUGGUCACUCGCGAAGCAAGCACACACUCAACAACUGGACCCUGCAACCCGGCAUGAAAAAGUCGUUCAGUAUAGGUUACAGGGCCGACUGCGAGAAGUGCCGCCUGAAGAUUCCAGGUCACUUCAACCACAUCAUUAUCUCCUAG